CCCCCCCACCUCAGUCAGCGGCUCCCGCUGCAGUUUGCUUAGCCCAACCUCCCGCUUUCUCGCCCCCCUCCCGUCUCUAAAAUGUGCCCCCCACGCCUGGUAGGAGCUAUAUAAGGAGGAACGAGGCAGGCGAGGGGGGCAGCGCAGCCGAGCGGAGCCCAGGAGAGGAGAGAGAGCAAGCGAGAGCCUGAGCGAGAUACUGGGAAGCGAGGAGGAAGCUGCCGGAGCCUCGAGCAGGAAAGAAGGUGCUGGGGCGCCCGAGCUGGAGCCUCACAGCCGGCAGUCAUGUACCGCUCCACCAAGGGCGCUUCCAAGGCGCGCCGCGACCAGAUCAAUGCCGAGAUCCGGAACCUCAAGGAGCUGCUGCCGCUGGCCGAAGCUGACAAGGUCCGGCUGUCCUACCUGCACAUUAUGAGUCUUGCCUGCAUCUACACUCGCAAGGGUGUCUUCUUCGCUGGAGGCACUCCUCUGGCAAGUCCUACAGGGCUGCUCUCAGCUCAAGAGCUUGAAGACAUCGUGGCAGCACUGCCUGGAUUUCUGCUUGUAUUCACAGCUGAAGGGAAAUUGCUAUACCUGUCUGAGAGUGUGAGCGAACAUCUUGGCCACUCUAUGGUGGACCUGGUUGCCCAGGGUGACAGUAUCUAUGACAUUAUUGACCCAGCUGACCACUUCACUGUGCGCCAGCAGCUUACCCUGCCCUCUGCUCUGGACACUGAUCGCCUCUUCCGUUGUCGCUUCAACACUUCCAAGUCCCUCCGGCGCCAGAGUGCAGGAAAUAAACUGGUGCUUAUUCGAGGCCGAUUCCAUGCUCACCCACCUGGAGCCUACUGGGCAGGAAACCCUGUGUUCACAGCUUUCUGUGCCCCUCUGGAGCCAAGACCCCGCCCUGGGCCCGGCCCUGGCCCUGGCCCUGGUCCUGCCUCACUCUUUCUGGCCAUGUUCCAGAGUCGACAUGCUAAAGACCUGGUCCUACUGGACGUCUCUGAGAGUGUCCUAAUCUACCUGGGCUUUGAGCGCAGUGAACUGCUCUGUAAAUCAUGGUAUGGACUGCUGCACCCUGAGGAUCUGGCCCACGCUUCUGCUCAACACUACCGCCUGUUGGCUGAGAGUGGAGAAAUUCAGGCGGAGAUGGUAGUGAGACUGCAGUCCAAGCAUGGAGGCUGGGCAUGGAUUUACUGCCUGUUAUACUCAGAAGGUCCAGAGGGCCCUAUUACUACCAAUAACUACCCAAUCAGUGACAUGGAAGCCUGGAGCCUCCGCCAGCAGCUGAACUCUGAAGACACCCAGGCAGCUUACGUCCUGGGGAACCCAACUGUGCUGCCCUCAUUCCCUGAGAAUAUCCUCUCCCAGGAACAAUGCUCUAAUCCACUUUUCACCCCACCUCUUGGGGCUCCCAGAAGCACCAGUUUUCCCAGUGCUCCUCAACUGGGUGUUGUGUCUGCAUCAGAAGAGCUUCCUCGACCCCUUCAAAAACUGGACUUCAGUUACCUGCCAUUCCCUGCUGGUCCUGAGCCUUCUCUCCAAGCUGACCUAAGCAAGGAUCUUGUGUGCACCCCUCCCUACACACCCCACAAGCCAGGAGGCUGUGCCUUCCUUUUCAGCCUCCAUGAGCCCUUCCAGACCCACUUGCCCACCCCAUCCAGCUCUUUCCAAGAACAGCUGACUCCAAGCACCGCAACCUUCUCUGAUCAGUUGACACCCAGCAGUGCAACUUUCCCGGAUCCACUAACCAGCCCACUGCAAGGCCAGUUGACUGAAAUCUCAGCCAGAAACUACGAAGACCAACUGGCUCCCUGCACUUCCACUUUCUCAGACCAACUGCUUCCAAGCUCUACUACCUUCCCAGAGCCUCUGGGAAGCCCUACCCAUGAGCAGCUGACUCCUCCAACCACAGCAUUUCAAGCACACCUAAACAGCCCCAGCCAAACUUUCCCAGAACAGCUGAGCCCCAAUUCCACCAAGACUUACUUUGCACAGGAGGGAUGCAGUUUUCUCUAUGAGAAGUUGCCCCCAAGUCCUAGCAGCCCUGGUAAUGGGGACUGCACACUCCUGGCCCUCGCUCAGCUCCGGGGCCCCCUCUCUGUGGAUGUCCCCCUGGUACCUGAAGGUCUGCUCACACCCGAGGCCUCUCCAGUCAAGCAGAGUUUCUUCCACUACUCUGAGAAGGAGCAACAUGAGAUAGACCGUCUCAUCCAGCAGAUUAGCCAGUUGGCUCAGGGCAUGGACAGGCCUUUCUCAGCUGAGGCUGGUACUGGGGGACUGGAGCGACUUGGAGGGCUGGAGCCCCUGGAUUCCAACCUGUCCCUGUCAGGGGCUGGCCCCCCUGUGCUCAGCCUGGACCUGAAACCCUGGAAAUGCCAGGAGCUGGACUUCCUGGCUGACCCUGAUAGCAUAUUCCUGGAAGAAAUGCCUGUGGAAGACAUCUUCAUGGAUCUCUCUACCCCAGACCCCAAUGGGGAAUGGGGCUCAGGAGAUCCUGAAGCAGAGGUCCCAAGAGGGGCCCCUUCUCCUUGCAACAACCUGUCCCCAGAAGAUCACAGCUUUCUGGAGGACCUGGCCACUUACGAAACCGCCUUUGAGACAAGUGUCUCAACAUUCCCCUAUGAUGGGUUUACUGAUGAGUUGCAUCAACUCCAGAGCCAAGUUCAAGACAGCUUCCAUGAAGAUGGAAGUGGAGGGGAACCAACGUUUUGAAUAAGUCUGUGACUUAACGUCGUCAAGUAUGGCAUAUUGUCAUCAAGACGUGGAGCCGCUCUCCACCCCCCCGGGACUGUGGGGGGAUUCUGGGGCCAAAGGGGGAUAUAUCUAAUUCCCCAGGCCCUGAAGGACUUUUGGGGGGGAGGUGGGAGGGCAAGGGAGGGGAUCUUCUUUUUAAAAAUCAAGGGACUUCAAGCGAUCCCAGUUUCCAUUUCAAUCUGUAUUCACUCGUAGUGAGUUUCCUUGAAUGGAUUUCGAGCGGAGAAUGGGGGAGUCUCACUUCCCCACCGCGCUGCCCCAUGGGCCUGGGCCAGUUCUCCACUCCUAGGGGCCAAGCCACCCCUGGGCCUUGGUGGGGGAAAGGCAGGGCUCACCUGGGCCAGGGCCCUAAGAGGCUCUUGACACCCUCGUAGAAUUCUCUACACACCAGUAACGGGAUUUCAAUUCCGAUGGACUCUGCCGCCCUGGCGGCCCUUCCUGUGACUUUUGCGCCCUGCACCUGGGGUGGGGGCGCGAAGAGACACUACAUUCCUUUCCGAUGGAGGAAGGCAGACCUGCCGUCACACGUGUGCUUGCACGAGUGCGUGUACCUGGUGCGGGACUCACCCGGCUACCAGACCGCCUGGGCCUGCCCAGUCGGCCACUUCGUGGUGCUGCGGUGACUUUGUAGCCAACUUUAUAAUAAA